AUGAGCUCCACAAUUUCCACAGCUGCCACCGAUGAGGCUCGCUCCGUGAUUGACAGUUAUACAGUCGGCGAUACCCCACGGAUAGCCGGUCUGGUCUACUGUGCAGUGGACAAGAGUGGAGAAAUCAUAUUCAGCCAUGCGUCGGGCAAAACAGGCAUCGGCUGCUCUCCCAUGACGCUUGAUACGACAUUCUGGCUGGCUUCCUGCACAAAGUUGAUCACAAGCAUAGCUUGCAUGCAGCUAGUCGAGAGCGGGGCGCUGAGCCUAGACGACAGCGAUCAAGUGGAAACAAUAGCACCAGAGCUGAAAGCGGUCCAAGUACUCGAGCGAGCUCCCUCCGGUGAAUUCCGUCUGGUACCGAGGCAUAGAAGCAUCACGUUGCGCAUGCUAUUGAACAAUACCUCUGGGUUCGGAUAUGCCUUUGAAGACUUCAACCUGCGUGACUGGUCACGGCCCAUCGGUAUGGAUGAUUUCUCAGGGAACAUCAACGACGUUCUCCACCGUCCACUUGUGAACCAGCCAGGAACCAAGUUUCAAUAUGGUGUUGGUGUGGAUUGGGCGGGAGUUCUCGUGGAACGAGUCUCGGGAAUGGACUUGGAGCAGUAUUUUCACACCUUCAUUUUGCAGCCUCUUGGUAUCGAGAGGAUUUCAUUCUAUCCCACCGCGGAAAUGAAAAGUGCCUUGGCAUAUAUGCAUCGACGAGAGAAGGAUGGCUCCCUGGGUGUCACCGAUCAUCUUUACCGACGACCUUUGCUUCCGAGCAAAUCGGAAAAGUCUCGCUUUUGCAUGGGUGGCGCUGGUUGUUUUGGAACGCCAAUCGAAUAUUGUCGCAUAAUUGCGACUCUCUUGAACGAUGGAGUGAGCCCUAGUACAGGCGCGAGACUUCUCAAAUCAGAAAUGGUGAAAGAAAUGUUCACUGAUCAGAUCCCCACCUUGCCACGAUACUGUAAUGAGUACACUCCGACGGGCAAGCCAGAAGUUGCGAAUUCGACACCCCUCACUCCUUGCCCGGACGACUUGACCGAAGGAUGGGGGUUAUCCUUCUCCCUAAGUCAUAGCCAAAGUGCUACGGGAAGGGCCGCAGGGUCGGGAUCUUGGGAAGGAGUCGCGAAUCUGUUCUGGUUUGCUGAUCGCGAAAAUGGAAUUGGGGGAAUCAUCGCCUCCCAGAUUCUUCCAUACGGUGAUCCCGAUAUGGUCGAAUGCUCUGAGUCGGUGGAAAAGAUUAUAUACAGGGAGAUCCCAAGAUGA